AUGACGUCAUCAAUUGGAAAGCACUUUCGCGUUGCUUAUUGUGGUGGUCGCGCUUGUCCUAAAUGCUACAAAUGCUCUGAUUGGUACUAUGACGCAGCAAAUCAUAAUGAUUGUGAUCCUGAUCCCCGUGUCUAUGCUCAUCAUCUUGGACCUCUAGUUGGUUCGCUGUAUAGAUGGCAUCGUCAUUCUGAUGCGACUUGUGGUUAUCGCUCAUACCCUCAUUAUGUUUAUUAUGGUGCAUAUCAUGGCGUUCACUUGUGUGAUCUUAAGAAACCAUGCUGUCUUCGUUAUAAAACUCAAAGUGCGCAUUUGUACCCAAAACUAGCUGUCCAUAAUCAACCCCGCAUAUGCCACUGCUCAUCAAAGGAUUGA